AUGUUAACCAGGGCUCAGGGCCUCUUCGCCUGCCAGAUUCUGAACUACCCCUUCAUUGUGACCCCUGCAAAAAUCUCAAUCCUCCUCUUCUACAACCGGAUCUUCAGCACUUCCAAAUUUCGCGUCCUAUCAUACGCCGUAGCGUCCAUCGUGUUAGGCACCGGUGUUGGCGUCCUGCUUUCGGCCAUCUUGCAAUGUUCGCCGGUGCAGUUCGCCUGGGAUAAGAGCAUAAAGGGGGGAAGGUGCUUCAAUCAGACUGCGUUCUUCCGAUACGUCUCGCUUCCGCAAAUCUUAACAGAUGUGGUUAUCUUGGUCAUGCCGCUUCCGUUUGUUUGGAAACUGCAAACACGGAUGACGCAGAAGGCUGCGCUGACAGGAGUCUUCCUGCUCGGAGGGCUCGGAGCCGUAGCGAGCAUCCUCCGCAUGACGAUCUUCUUCCAAGAGGAAAUCCUAGGUGAUCCAACUUGGGUCUCCGUCAAUCUAGGCAUAUGGUGUGUCCUGGAAUCCGCCAGUAUAAUAAUCGCUGCCUGCCUCCCGCCAGUAUGGCCGUUGCUGGUACGGAUACUUCCCCAAAGACGCACAAGGAGGAAGCGGGAUGCAUCCAAGCGGUCAGGGCAAUCGGGUGAAGUACCGGGAGAUAUUCCACUAAAGCGCACGAGCAAUGGGUUUUCGCGAUUGGGAGAGAACGAUGGCAACCAAGGCAAAUUGACUGGAAACACAUGA